GUGUGCGGCGAAAUUGUGUGAAUUUAAGAAGUAAAAGCUGAUAAAAGAGGGCCGUAACAUAUUUUUCAUGGCCCAAAACGCAAAGCCCAAAGGUGAAGAAAUAGCAGGAAACCUCUAGAAAAUCGAAAUAACAUAGGCAACGCAAAUUUAUAAUAGGAAAACGCCAUUUUCGUUCAGAACAAGUAACACAAGGUGAAGGUUCAGACAGAAUUAAGUUUGAGCAAUGUUCUUCUUCUUCGUGGGAGGGUUACAGCAAGAGGUACGACAGGUACUGAAAUCCGCUGUGGGCAAAUGCACAUACUGCGGCAACAGCGUUGACCUUGUGAACUCCGACAAGGUUCUCAAGCUCUUCUUUGUUCCCGUGUGGCAGUGGCCAGCCAAGGAUCCUCUCUACCAUUGCUCCUAUUGUAAGAACUUCUUCCCCUACAAUUACUCUCUCCCGGCAACCAUGGAAGAAACCUUGCUCUGCCGUAUCUGCGAGCGCACGGUUGAGGCAGACUUUCGAUUCUGCCCUUUCUGCGGAUCGGAACUGUGAACGUGAAAUUCGGAGAGGUUUUGGAAAAAUUUGAAGCGUAAUAAAUGAAAUUGAGGAAUUGUUAGUUUUUAUGUCAGAUACUAUGAUUGUUUGUUUUCUUUCAGAAAUUAGAUAAUAAUUGGACAACUUCUUGUACUUGAAUGCAAUGUGCCUUUGUUUGUUAAGAUCUAGAUUUAAGAUGCCAAAAGCAUUUUCUAAAAUUAUGUAUUUAGGAAGAGAUAAAAAGGCUUGUUGGUAUAUACAAAAUUGUAAUUAUAAAAUUUGAGAGGGAUUAGAGCAUUGUUAAUCCUGAAAUUUUAGAGAUAAAAUUAUUCACGGUGUUGAAGAGGGAGGGAAAGGAAGAUAAUGAAGAAAAAUUUUAAGAAUGUAUAGUUAAGGAAGAAUAUAAAGAAUGCAAGCAUCUUCAAAAGAAAAAAACCUGCUGCAUAUUGGAAAUUUUGAACUAACUAUACAAUUCUGGGUACAUUAAAUAUAAUUUCAAAUCCAUCUAUUUAAGUUUCAAUCAGUAUGAAAUCAGUUCAAACUCUUAUAGAUAUAACCCCGCAGUUUCUUAAGACUCUCAAUAUUACACAAUCCCCAAACUCUGCCACUUUUUUUUUUU